GUACAUCUGCUUGCGUUCUGUUGACAAUAAUUGCUAUCCGAGAACAGGCAAGGUUAGCGCGUACAUCAAAGAUUGAUAUCGUUUAUCACUGCAGCCAAGCAAGCUGCUGGCAUAAAUUGGCGAUUCCAACCAACUUCUGCAGCGAAAGAUUGUUGGCGAACGGUUGUGCGUUUUCGUCGUCUGUCAAAACAAUCGCGUCGUCAUCCUGUGAGCUGGUAUUCGUGUUGUUUACGUUUUCACACACAAAACAAAAUCGGCAGACCCUCGGCUAGCGGCAAUAGCGCAGCGCAUCAACCCAAAACGGCAAAACGGCUGCGAAACAACCAACCAACCAGUGCGCCGGGAGUAAACACAGCGCUGACACAACGAAGAAGACCGAAACAAUAUACCGUUAAUCCGCGCACGGUCGCGACCGCGUCUUUGUUCCCCGCUCAGAACGAGGCCAUUGCACAAGUGUUGUACACAACACCCCCCCCCCCCCCUUUGCCCAAUAGCUGGAAAAGAAAGGGGGAAAGGGGAGUGAGAGUGGCGACUGGAGGGAAGCAACAGUUGGCAUUGUUGGUGUUUGGGGGCUGUCAUCAUCCGGCUUUGUCCUCCUUGCAGCAGAAGAAAGUGGGUUGCUCGAUGCUGCCGCUGGUUUUACACGUACGCGAACAGCAAACGAAGGCACAACGCUGAAUGUAGCUUGCAGCUCGACACCGGGCACAGGGGGUUUGAGAAAGUGUGCAGAGCAUCCGGAAGAUGGACUACGUCUAUAUGACCGGUGGUGAUCCCGGGAAUCCGCGCGCCGAAGACAUCAUUACGCUAACAAUGUACGAGAACGAUCCGGCCGGCGCAGGGCAGGAGUAUGCGGAAGCGCCAGAGUACGGUGCAUUUAACAUCGGUUCCUCGGAGGCCGAAUACAUCGAGCACGGUAUGAUCUUGGCGGAUGGAGGCGAACGAUUCGGCGUGUCUACCGUCUGCUUCGACACGCAGGAGGAGCUUAUCUGGAUGGGCAACCAGGGCGGUCACGUUACGUCCUACUACGGUAGCGCAAUGCAGAAGUACACCUCGUUCCAGGUACACCAGAACGAAGUUGUCCGGCAGAUAGCGACGAUCGAUGCGGGCAUUCUGGCGCUCACGCCCACCAGCCUACGGCACCAGAUUCGACGCGGUUUGCCGAAGUUUACGUUUCGAUCGGAGCGGAUGGUCGAUAUGGUGUGCAUGAUUGAGCACGCGCCCGCCCGUCUACUGAUGGGCGGCCAUCAGAGUGAUCUGAUCGAGCUUGAUCUCGCGACGGCUACGGAGCUAACGUGCGUUGUGGCGGGUGUGAACGGGUGUGCCAUCUUGCGACGCCAUUCCCGGUAUCUGUGUGCCGGCGAUGCCUACGGAAAGGUGACACUGCUCGAUCCGAACAGCCUGUCGAUCGAGCACGAGCUACCGACCCACUCGGGCAGCCUCUCGGAUUUUGACGUGCAAGGCAACUAUCUUAUAUCGUGCGGGUUGAGCGGUCGCCAGGGCAACCUUACCAUCGACCGCUUUUUGAUGGUGUACGAUAUGCGCAUGCUGCGAUUGGUAUCCCCCAUUCAGGUGUUGGUCGAGCCGCAGCUGCUGCGCUUCCUGCCGUCGCACUACUCCCGGCUAGCCGUGGUAUCGCCGCACGGACAGCUGCAGCUGGUCGACACGGUCGAGCUGAGCGAACCGCGGGUGUGCAUGUUCCAGAUCAAUACCAGCGGGUCCCAGUGCCUUUCGUUUGACAUCAGCUCCACCAGCCAGGCGAUGGCGUUCGGCGAUCAAUCCGGCCACAUCAAUCUGAUUUCGGCUGCCAAAAUCAACACGCCCACGCUGCAGUUCAAUCCGUACUCGCGGGACACCGAGUUUGCGGACACGGUCGAACCGGCGACACCGUUCGUACCGAUCACGGACACCAACUUCCCGCUGUCGUCGGUGCUGCUGCCCCACCUAACUACCGGCGAGCGUUGGCUAAGCGAUUGGCCACCGUGGAUGAAUGCGUACGAGCAUUGGCGAGCGAAACCGAUCGACCCGGUCGUAAUCGGCACGAUGAAGAUGCAGGGACCGAUAGGGUACGCGCCCAAUCCGAGGACGGGCCUGCGCAACCAAAUACCCUACCUGCUGGAUGGAUCGAAUGGCACUUUGGCUACCGGGUCGGUGGCCUCCACCGCGCACGGUGCCUCGUCCACCAAGGGCGGCAACGGUGCGGAGCAGCAAGGCAUCAAGCUGGUGCCCCGCCGGUACCGCAAGGUGGAGGUAAAGUACAGCAAGCUCGGCACCCAAGACUUUGACUUCGAGCACUACAACCAGACGGGCUUCGUCGGGCUCGAGGCAAACCUGCCCAACGCGUACUGUAACGCGAUGCUGCAGGUGCUGUACUUUAUCAUUCCACUGCACAAAGCCAUCCUGGCCCACUGCUGCACGAAGGAGUUUUGCCUGUCGUGCGAGCUUGGCUUUCUCUUCCACAUGCUCAACGUCGGCAGCUCCAGCUCACCGUGCCAGGCAAGCAACUUUCUGCGCUCCUUCCGCACCGUGCCGGAAGCGGCCGCCCUCGGCCUAAUCCUGUCGUCCAACAGCGCGAAUGUGAACCUGAUCAGCCUCAUCCAGAACUGGAACCGGUUCGUGCUGCACCAGAUCCACUCCGAGCUGCUCGACGCGAUGAAGCAGAGCGAAACGAUGCACUUUUACGAGCACGGCCAGCAGCCACCGGCACCACAUCACAGCGCCACGCCGGAGCAGGACAGUGUGCAAAAGUUUCAGAUUUGCAACCUCGGCAGUGGCAAAUCGACGGCCGCCACCCAUCCACCCACAGCGACGGCCCGGGAAGAAUCGGAAAUUGGACGACUGUUCGGCACGCAGCAGCAAACGACCCACCGCUGCAACAAAUGCAACACGACGCGCGUCAAGGACAACGUGCUGCUCGUCUGCAGCUUGCUCUACCCAACCACCACGACCAACAACGUGGAGGGCACCUUCGGCACGAUUCUAAAACACUCGCUCGGGGUGGAAAAAACGACCCCCGCCUGGUGCGAAACGUGCAACAAGUUUACCCCGACGAAUCAAAAAUCGCGCGUCACCGACCUGCCGGCGAUACUUUCCAUCAACUGCGGUCUGGACAACGAGAAAGAGCUGGAGUAUCUGAAGCGUCAAAUGUCACGCUCGACCGGUGCCCAAUCUUCGCCCAGUCCGUCGGGCCCGAGUGCGGCGACCGUGGCGGGCGCGACCACCACUGUCGACCAGUCGACGGUCACAUUUAACGGUUCCGGCACGGGCACAAAGAUGUGCCGGUACGGCACGAACUGUUCGCGAGUCGAUUGUCACUUUGCUCAUCCAAGGAAAUCAUCUCCGUGCGUUAUAUCGGCCGCGACGCCCACCGCUAGCUCGGCUGCAGCAACGCACGGCAUGCAAAAGUCCUGGUUUCCGCUCAGCUUCCAGAUGUCGCUCGACGAGCAGCAGAAUCUUGAUAUUAGCUCGCUGCGUACCGCUUCGAACGGCGAGCCCGUACUGCCGAACGCUGCCACAGAACCGGCAACGUCUGGGGAUGCAGAGCAGAAGGAGGAAAAGCCCACGAAUGACCACCCGGACGAUCCUGCACCGAUGCAAAAGAUCACCAAAACCUACAACCUGUCAGCCGUGGUGUGCUACAUCAACGAUGGUUCCCAGCGCAAUCUGGUGUCGCUCGUCCACGUCCCGGCCUGCUACCAGGAGCUGAAGCAACCGGGCGAUGCCAACCCGAUGGGAAGUUGGUACAUUUUCAACGAUUUUAGCAUUUCCCCGGUACCGGUACAGGAAGCGGUGUGGUUCACGCUCGACUGGAAGGUACCGUGCGUGCUGUUCUACACUAGCAGCGAGCUGGCCGCAGAGCAGAGCCGCCUCGGGUUAGGUUUUGGCAGCGAGCACCUUACGCACUACGUUAAUCCCUUCACGACCGAUCUGUACGAGGAGGAGGGUGCCGAUGAUGGGCGCAGUAGUGGCCGUACUCCGGACGAUGGUAACGAUACGAUCGGUAACGAGGGCGCCGAUUGCAACGAAAACCACCACCCGGAGGCCGGUGAUACGGGACCGGCGAUCCUGUUUAAACCGCUGGGACGCAACGAGCAUUUCCAGGCCGGCGAUCUGGUCGCGAUGGAUGCCGAGUUCGUGACGCUCAACCCGGAGGAGAGCGAGAUUCGGUCGGACGGCAAGAUGUCCACCGUGAAGCCGAGCCACAUGAGCGUCGCGCGCAUCACGUGCAUACGCGGCCAGGGCGAGUACGAAGGCGUCCCGUUCAUGGACGAUUACAUCUCCACCCAGGAGCAGGUGGUGGACUAUCUGACCAAGUUUUCCGGCAUCAAGCCGGGCGAUCUGGAUGCGAACUUUAGCAACAAGCGGCUAACCACGCUGAAGAACUCGUACCAGAAGCUGCGCUUUCUCGUCGACACCGGCGUCAAGUUUGUGGGGCACGGGCUGCGGAACGAUUUUCGCGUCAUCAACAUCAUCGUGCCGCCGGCGCAGGUCGUCGAUACGGUGCAUCUGUUCCAUCUGCCCCACCACCGGAUGGUGUCGCUCCGCUUUCUGGCCUGGCAGUUUCUGGGCAUCAAGAUACAGUCGGAAACGCACGAUUCGAUCGAGGAUGCGCGGACGGCGCUGCACCUGUACAAACACUACCUGCGGCUGAUGGAGAAGGACGAGUUUACGCACGCCCUAUCGACGCUGUACGAAACGGGCAAGAAGCUGCAGUGGAAGGUGCCGGACUAACGUUGUUCAUUGCAGACGAUUAAGUCGAUGGCCGAAUGGGCGGGCAUAUUUGUUGAGAUUAUGAAACCCGUUGUUGUGUGAGAUGAGAAGUGGUUUGAACUAACUGUGUACAAUAGGCAAACAAUAGAAAAUACUUUUUUAGAAUAAUA